AGCGCCAGGGUGUGGGCUGCACACUCCUGCCUCGCUCCCUUAUCUACAGGAAGACUGGGCGCAUUCGAUCACCGCCUCCACCAGCGUCAAAGUCAAGGAGCUGUUUGCAUCCGCCGGGUCUUUCCGCUCAAGUCUGAAGCUCUUCUUCCAAAAUCCUCGUCUUGGUGGACGCCUCGGGGAAAGCCCGAGGUCACGAUGGAUCUUGAAGGAGGCCGCAAUAGAAGAAGGGGGAAGAAGAACUUCUUGAAAAUUAACGAAGAAAGUAAAAAAGAUGAGAAGAAAGAAAAGAAACCAACUGUUAGUAUAUUUGCAAUGUUUCGCUAUUCAAAUUGGCUUGAUAAGUUGUAUAUGUUGCUGGGGACUACGGCUGCCAUCAUCCACGGAGCUGGACUCCCCCUCAUGAUGCUGGUUUUUGGACAAAUGACGGAUAGCUUUGCAAAUGUAGGAAAUGUAGGAAACGGGUCUUAUCCAAGUAACGGCAGCCCUACACCUUUCGAGAAACUGGAGGAGGAAAUGACCAAGUAUGCCUAUUAUUACAGUGGAAUUGGUGCUGGUGUCCUUGUUGCUGCUUACAUUCAGGUUUCAUUCUGGUGCCUGGCGGCUGGAAGACAAAUAUACAAAAUUAGAAAACAAUUUUUUCAUGCUAUAAUGCAACAGGAGAUAGGCUGGUUUGACAUGCAUGAUGUUGGGGAGCUUAACACACGGCUCACAGAUGAUGUCUCCAAAAUUAAUGAAGGAAUUGGUGACAAAAUUGGAAUGUUCUUUCAGUCGAUGGCAACGUUUUUCACCGGUUUUAUAGUAGGAUUUACACGUGGUUGGAAGCUAACCCUUGUGAUUUUGGCCAUCAGUCCUGUUCUUGGACUGUCAGCUGGCAUCUGGGCAAAGAUACUCUCUUCAUUUACUGAUAAAGAACUCUUGGCAUAUGCAAAAGCUGGAGCGGUAGCUGAAGAGGUCUUAGCGGCAAUUAGAACCGUGAUUGCAUUUGGAGGACAGAAGAAAGAACUGGAAAGGUACAACAAAAAUUUAGAAGAAGCUAAAAGAAUUGGGAUAAAGAAAGCUAUUACAGCCAACAUUUCUAUGGGUGCUGCUUUCCUGUUGAUCUAUGCCUCAUAUGCUCUGGCAUUCUGGUAUGGGACCUCCUUGGUCCUCUCAGGAGAAUAUUCUAUUGGACAAGUACUCACUGUCUUCUUUUCUGUAUUAAUUGGGGCUUUUAGUGUUGGACAGGCGUCUCCAAGCAUUGAAGCAUUUGCAAACGCAAGAGGAGCAGCUUAUGAAAUCUUCAAGAUAAUUGAUAACAAGCCAAGCAUUGACAGCUAUUCGAAGAAUGGGCACAAACCAGAUAAUAUAAAAGGAAAUUUGGAAUUCAGAAAUGUUCACUUCAGUUAUCCAUCUCGAAAUGAAGUCAAGAUCUUGAAGGGCCUCAACCUGAAGGUUCGAAGUGGGCAGACAGUGGCCCUCGUUGGGAACAGCGGCUGUGGGAAAAGCACGACGGUCCAGCUGAUGCAGAGGCUCUAUGACCCCACAGAGGGCGUGGUCAGUAUUGAUGGACAGGACAUUAGGACCAUAAACGUAAGGUAUCUGCGGGAAAUUACUGGUGUGGUGAGUCAGGAACCUGUGUUGUUUGCCACCACAAUAGCUGAAAACAUUCGCUAUGGCCGUGAAAAUGUCACCAUGGAUGAGAUUGUGAAAGCCGUCAAGGAAGCUAACGCCUAUGACUUUAUCAUGAAACUGCCUAAUAAAUUUGACACCCUGGUUGGAGAGAGAGGGGCCCAGCUGAGUGGGGGACAGAAACAGAGAAUUGCCAUCGCACGAGCCCUGGUUCGUAACCCCAAGAUCCUCCUGCUGGACGAGGCCACGUCAGCCUUGGACACUGAAAGUGAAGCAGUAGUUCAGGUGGCCCUGGAUAAGGCCAGAAAAGGCCGGACCACCAUUGUGAUAGCUCAUCGCUUGUCUACAGUUCGUAAUGCUGAUGUCAUCGCUGGUUUGGAUGAUGGAGUCAUUGUGGAGGAAGGAAAUCACGAUGAACUCAUGAAAGAGAAAGGCAUUUACUUCAAACUCGUCACAAUGCAGACACGAGGAAAUGAAAUUGAAUUAGAAAGUGCAAUUGGUGAAUCUCAAAGUGAAAUUGAUGCCUUGGAAAUGUCUCCAAAAGAUUCAGGAUCAAGUCUAAUAAGAAGAAGAUCAACUCGCAAGAGUAUCCGUGAACCUCAAGGCCAGGAGAGAAACCUUAGUACAAAAGAGGCUCUGGAUGAAAAUGUACCUCCAGUUUCCUUUUGGAGGAUUCUGAAGCUGAAUAUAACCGAAUGGCCUUAUUUUGUAGUGGGCAUAUUUUGUGCCAUCAUAAAUGGAGGCCUGCAACCAGCAUUUUCAAUAAUAUUUUCAAGGAUUAUAGGGGUUUUUACCAGAGAUGAGGAUCCUGAAACAAAACGACAGAAUAGUAACAUGUUUUCACUAUUGUUUCUAGUCCUUGGAAUCAUUUCUUUUAUUACAUUUUUCCUUCAGGGCUACACAUUUGGCAAAGCUGGAGAGAUCCUCACCAAGCGGCUUCGAUACCUGGUUUUCAGAUCCAUGCUGAGACAGGAUGUGAGCUGGUUCGACAAUCCUAAAAACACCACUGGAGCAUUGACUACCAGGCUUGCCAACGAUGCUGGUCAAGUUAAAGGGGCUAUAGGUUCCAGGCUUGCUGUAAUUACCCAGAAUAUAGCAAAUCUUGGGACAGGCAUUAUAAUAUCUUUCAUCUAUGGCUGGCAAUUGACACUUUUACUCUUAGCAAUUGUACCCAUCAUUGCAAUAGCAGGAGUUGUUGAAAUGAAAAUGUUGUCUGGACAAGCACUGAAAGAUAAGAAAAAACUAGAAGGUGCUGGGAAGAUUGCUACUGAAGCAAUAGAAAACUUCCGAACUGUUGUUUCUUUGACUCGGGAGCAGAAGUUUGAAGAUAUGUAUGCAGAGAAAUUGCAGGUCCCAUAUAGAAACUCCCUGAGGAAAGCACACGUCUUUGGAAUCACAUUUUCAAUCACCCAGGCAAUGAUGUAUUUCUCCUAUGCUGGCUGUUUCCGGUUUGGUGCCUUCUUGGUGGCACGGCAGUUCAUGAACUUUCAGGAUGUUCUGUUGGUAUUCUCAGCUAUCGUCUUUGGAGCCAUGGCAGUGGGGCAGGUCAGUUCAUUUGCUCCCGACUAUGCCAAAGCCAAAGUGUCAGCAGCCCACAUCAUCAUGAUCAUUGAAAAAACCCCUCUGAUCGACAGCUAUAGCACAGAAGGCCUAAAGCCAAAUACAUUGGAAGGAAAUGUGAUCUUUAAUGAAGUUGUGUUCAACUAUCCCACUCGACCAGACAUCCCAGUGCUUCAGGGGCUGAGCGUUGAGGUGAAGAAGGGCCAGACGCUCGCCCUGGUGGGCAGCAGUGGCUGUGGGAAGAGCACACUGGUCCAGCUCCUUGAGCGGUUCUAUGACCCCAUGGCCGGAACAGUGCUACUUGACGGCACAGAAAUAAAGCACCUGAAUGUCCAGUGGCUCCGAGCACACCUGGGCAUUGUGUCCCAGGAGCCCAUCCUGUUUGACUGCAGCAUUGGUGAGAACAUCGCCUAUGGAGACAACAGCCGGGUCGUGUCACAGGAAGAGAUUGUGCAGGCAGCCAAGGAGGCCAACAUACACCCCUUCAUCGAGACACUGCCUGAUAAAUAUAAUACCAGAGUAGGAGACAAAGGAACUCAGCUCUCUGGUGGCCAGAAACAGCGUAUCGCGAUAGCUCGCGCCCUUGUGAGACAGCCUCAGAUUUUGCUUUUGGAUGAAGCUACAUCAGCUCUGGAUACAGAAAGUGAAAAGGUUGUCCAAGAAGCUCUGGACAAAGCCAGAGAAGGCCGCACCUGCAUUGUGAUUGCUCACCGUCUGUCCACCAUCCAGAACGCAGACUUAAUAGUGGUGUUUCAGAAUGGCAGAGUCAAGGAGCGUGGCACACACCAACAGCUGCUGGCACAGAAAGGCAUCUAUUUUUCCAUGGUCAGCGUCCAGGCUGGAGCAAAACGCUAAAGAACUGUGACCAUAUGAGAUGUUAAAUAUUUUCUAAUAUUUCUUAAACAUGGCAUUUAAUCAAAGUUAAAAAGCGAGUGCUCACUCAAUAAACUGUGUAGAGUUACCGUUUAACGUAUCCUGCCACAAUUGGAGAUCAUUCCACCAAGUUCUGAGUCUUCAGAGACUAUAAUUAAAGGAACGGAAAGAAACAUCAUCAAAUGGAAUAAAAUAAUGGUUUUAAUUGCAUUAUGAAAUUUAUAGAAUAAUUCAAUAAUAUUUUUGGUAAUAAGGGGUAUAAUUUUUGUUUAUAUUUUCUUAUUUGGGCUGUAACUGACUGCCUAACUAAAAGAUUAUAGAAGUAGCAAAAAGUACCAAAUGUUUGCAUAAAGUGCCUAUAAUUAAAUUUUGACAUGACUGAAGUCAUCUCGUCUGAAAUGCCUGUAAAUAUGUCAUCUCCCAAUUGCAAUA